AUGACCAGCCAAACAACUUUCUAUCAGCCCGAUCCCAGCCUGGAUUCCGCGAUCGCCCCCGAGUCACUAUUUCUGGGCCAGGAAUUCUCUCCAGAAUUUCUUCCUCUCUCUCUACUCGAAAAAGAUGGGCAUCAUCACGAGCUGCCGCUGGAACACAUGCAAUUCUCACCCCACCAACCCGCUAUGGUCUCCGUACGGGCCAUGCAGGGCGAAAGCACAAAUGCAAACGAGGACAUGAUGCGUCCUCGCUACCGCACCCGCGCCCUCCGCCCAGCGCCCCGCGACACCCGUAAAGACUCAACCGACGACUUCAACCAGCCGGGCUUCCUCAAUUCUUACGGGCCAAUGCCCUCUUUCUCAUCCUUCUCCUCUACUUCCACCACUUUUAACCCCGCAGAACAAGAUCCAGAGUUCCGGUUCUCGCCGCACUCGGAUAUCAGCAGCAACAAGUCAUCCUCGCCACUACGCUGGCAGACCGGAGACGCAGAGAAGCGAGCCAAGCACCUCGAGCGCAACCGGGCCGCUGCGAGCAAGUCGCGUCAGAAGAAGAAGCGAGAGACGGACCAAUUGCGGACACGGUUCCAGGAGGUGUCGCGUAGAAAGUCCACCCUUGAGAUCGAAAUCAAGGAACUGCACAGCCAACUGCUUUCGCUGAAAGACCAGAUCCUCAUGCACUCACGGUGCGAUGAUGAGGCUAUCCACCUGUACUUGGGGCGUAUGGUCAAGCAGGCAACAAAGCAUGAUUCCAUCUCGUCGGCUUCGAGCGGGACCUCAGCUUCCAGCAGAGAACAGGACGACGAGGGUGACCGCUCGUUUGGCCAGCGUCACGGUUCAGAGUGUAUCUCGCCGCGUCAGACUGUGACCAGCCUUCAUACCCAGGGACCCCCUCACCAUCACAAUCUUAACCAUUCCCGUACCAGUCUCAACCCAGCCGGUAUGGACCUGUCAAACGCGCACCAGGGACCCAUGCGGAUGGGCGAUGGAUCUGGAUUGCCGUGCGGCGUCGAGAAACCGAUAAUGAAUCAGAUGUUCUCACAGCAUGAUCCGAAUAAUUUCGACCUGCAAAUUAGCAUUUCUUAGUCGUUUAUCCAUUCUCUCCGGCUUCUCUCACGGAUUACCUUCUGUACGAUCUUUAUGAGUAUGCGGCACACGGUUAGCGGGCGGAUGUCUCUGUGUGAAAAGCGUUCGGCUCUACAUUAUCACGGCCCUUACCAUUCUACCAUGUCAUUAUAUAGUACGAAUUCAGUAAAUAGCUUGAUAGACGCUUUAUGUAUAGGUGUAGGUU